CCAUGUUCUGGUCAGUGGCUGGAAGGCGGUGGGCGGGGCGGAGCGUUUCCGGCGCGAAGCUGUGACGCACUCAAUCGGCGCCGGGGCCUCUCCGGCGGUCGGUCGGUGGUGGGAGAUGGCGGAGUAUCUGGCCUCCAUCUUCGGCACAGAGAAGGACAAAGUCAACUGUUCAUUUUAUUUCAAAAUUGGAGCUUGCCGUCACGGGGACAGAUGUUCUCGAUUGCACAAUAAACCAACAUUUAGCCAGACCAUCUUGAUUCAAAACAUCUAUCGUAAUCCCCAAAACAGUGCACAGACGGCUGACGGCUCACACUACCAUUGCCCUCUUGAACAUUUACCGUAACCCUCAAAACUCUUCCCAGUCUGCUGACGGUUUGCGCUGUGCUGUGAGCGAUGUUGAAAUGCAGGAACAUUAUGAUGAAUUCUUUGAGGAGGUCUUCACGGAAAUGGAAGAAAAAUAUGGUGAAGUUGAGGAAAUGAACGUUUGUGAUAACCUUGGAGAUCAUCUAGUUGGAAAUGUAUAUGUAAAGUUUCGUCGUGAAGAAGAUGCAGAAAAGGCUGUGAUUGAUCUGAACAAUCGCUGGUUUAAUGGUCAGCCAAUUCAUGCUGAACUUUCACCUGUGACUGACUUCAGAGAAGCUUGUUGCCGUCAAUAUGAAAUGGGAGAGUGUACGCGAGGAGGUUUCUGUAACUUUAUGCAUUUGAAGCCCAUUUCCCGAGAAUUGCGACGUGAAUUAUAUGGACGUCGUCGUAAGAAGCAUAGAUCCAGGUCAAGGUCCCGUGAACGUCGUUCUAGAUCCAGAGAUCGUGGUCGUGGAGGUGGUGGAGGAGGAGGCGGCGGCGGUGGUGGCGGCGGUGGAGGAGGAGGAGGAGGAGGACGGGAACGUGAUAGGAGGCGGUCAAGAGAUCGUGAAAGAUCUGGUCGAUUCUGAGCCAUGCCAUUUUUACUAUUGUGUCUGGUAGAAAGUGUUGUAGUCAAUUGACCAAACAAGUUCCUAAUGAGAUUUUUUUUAAAAAAGAUGGGCUUCUGAAUAAAAAUUUGUAGUGAUACAGUAUACUUUGUGUAACUUGUUUCUUGUGGGGGAAGUCUUUUUUUAACUGUCAUUCCUCUUUCUUGACAAAUAGCUGGAUUAACUAUGCUUGCGGUAAAGGUGGCAAAUGUAUUGGAGGUGUGCAAGUUUUUACAUUCAGGUAUGAAUUAACUGUUAAGGAAAAUGUGCAUGCCUGUGUAUAUAAUAUAAAAUAGUAUAUUAUAUACAUGGAUAAAGUGCUAUAUUGCUUAAGAGACAGUUACAAUUUAAGUUUCCCUUUUCUGCUAUGCUGUCUGCUUAUUUAGGUUAGUUUAGGCACAUUUAAAGGAAGGCUGUGCAAAGUGCAUUUAUUUACUCAGUAGAAAUCUAAGUUGCAAAAAUAUGUAUGUUAAUAGAAGUCUGUGCACUGUCUAUCACUGUGACUGUGGCAUUUACAAUAAAUCCAAUUCAUUGAUGUAAAA